AUGCAAGCCAUCCACAUAAAUUCAGCACCAACAGGAGAAAUCCCCUACUCCCCAACAAACCCAGCCCCAUCAACCGCCCUAACAAUCGACAAAACCCCAAUUCCAAAACCAAUAUCUCCAACCGACCUCCUAAUCAAAAUAAAAGCAACGACCAUAAUAAGAGACAUGCUCACCUGGCCUGAAUAUUAUCAUCGCGAAUAUACAAUCCCCGGCCACGAUUUCUCGGGCACAGUGGCAGCCGUUUUCGAAGGUGACAGCGGUACACCGCACAAUUUCAAAAUCGGAGACGAAGUCUUCGGCAUGGCAAAUGCAAAUCGCGGUUCCACAUGGGCUGAAUACGCCAUCGUGUCUUUGGAUGAAGUUGCGCAUAAGCCCCGCGCAUUGGGGUGGGAGGGGGCCGCUGCUUUGCCGCUUAGUGCGCAGACUGCUUAUGAGGCGCUCUUUGAGCAUGCGGGGAUUGCCUCGCCAGUGCAUGCAUCGGGGGACGGUGAUGCGAAGCAAACAGAUGCUUCUUCUAAGCGUGUGUUGAUUACCGGUGCUUCCGGUGGAGUGGGAAUCUAUCUGGUACAGCUUGCUGCUAGUGCCGGUGUGCAUGUCGUUGCGGCUAGUAGCUCCAAUGUGCGGAAUGGGGAGUUUUUGCAUAAGCUGGGAGCUGAUGAGGUUGUUGAAUAUGGGGAUAUCGAGAGGGAGAAUGGUGUGUUUGAUGUGAUCAUUGAUUGCGUGGGUGGCGAGGUGCUUUCGAAGUGCUGGGGCUUUAUUAAAGAGGAUGGUGUUUUGAUUUCGGUUGAUUCUGCGAGCUUUGACUUUGUUGCCGAGCAUAAAAGGCGUGGAUUAUCUGUUGGGAAGGAGAUUGUGAAGGCGUUGUUCUUUAUUGUUGAGGGGAGCAGGGAGGUUUUGAGUGCUUUGUCUGCUUUGGCUGAUUCUGGUGAUUUGCGCUCUUUCGUUGCUGCUGCUUUUCCCAUUGAGUCAGUGCGGGAGGCUUAUGAUUUUGCCAAUGGGAGGUUUUAUGGUCGGGGGAAAGUGGUGCUUACUAUUGGAAUUUGA